AUGGAAGCCAUGUUGCCCACCCCCAACAACUGGGACGAGAAUAGUGACAAGGACAUCGAAUCUGUCUCUCCAUUCACUGGCUUGCUAAAUGAAACCAAGACCAAAAUCGCAUCAUCACCAGUGACAAAGACAUCAACAUUUCUUCGGAAAUAUGCAGAUGCUCGUCUACUAUUCGAAGGCUUCCUUGUGUUUUGCCUCGUCGUGGCUCUGAUAUCGAAUGCCGGAAGUUCCCACAAAACGGAUAUAGUCGACAAGAGAAGCUUUGGACCAACACUACCGCGAAAGCCCGUCAUAUUUGGCAAUACCGCCGGUCUUGGCCCCAAUCUCGUCUAUCAUGACACUGAAAUGAUGUGGAACAAGACCAGGAUGCAAGAGAUCCAUAGGAACUGGCAUUCCCUGUUUCCGCAGAAAUUUUGGUCUUACAUGUGUUCUUUUAUUCUCAAAGCUGGUCGCGGCUACAUUACUGUAUCCGCCGAGGAAGAAGAGUUUGAAGUCCUGCACCCUGCAUUCAAAAUGGACAACGUCUUCGAACAAGGCGAUCACUAUGAGGGCCACAUAAUGGCGGUUUAUCACCAGCUACACUGUCUUUCUAUCUUGAUGACCGCCUUGGGCACUUCUCGAGAAGAGUGGGCGAUGCUGGAGACACAGAAGGUAGAGCAUCGGGCUCACUGUGUUGAAUAUCUUCGGCAGAGCAUUCUGUGUUCCGCGGAUACCACCCUGGAGGGCGAGACGGGGGCUUGGGCCAAGAGUACAGGAUGGGGACAGACACAUUCUUGUGUCGACUUUGAUGCUCUCACGGAGUAUGCUAAUAAGCGGGCCAUGUGGAACCUGACAGAGCGACUGUUGCCGGACAGUUUCGAUCCUCUCAAGGUUCCUGAGCAUGGAGAGGGCCAUGAAGAUGAACACUAG